AUGGCGCACCUUAACCUCGCAACAUUGGAUGCCUCGCAGCAUCCCUACCUCCCGGCAUCAUCGCAGACUCUCUUCGCCGCUAAGGCCAAGAAGAAAUACAGCUUCGAAGAAGUCUCCAAGCAGAUCGGCCGCAACGAAGUAGCCACUGCAGCGAUCUUCUAUGGCCAAGCCAAAGCUUCGCCAGAGGAUAUUACCAAUCUAUCCAAGGCACUCGAUAUUCCGCACGACUUACUCGAAGCACAGCUCAGUGGGUUCCCCGAUCGGGGCCGGUCGGUGGAGAUGCCGCCCAAGGAACCGUUGAUCUACCGCUUGUACGAGAUUGUGCAGAACUACGGAUACGCGUACAAGGCUGUGCUCAAUGAGAAAUUUGGCGAUGGCAUUAUGAGUGCGAUUUCAUUCUCGACCAAAGUGGAAAAGGAGACGGAUGCGGAUGGAAACAAUUGGGCUGUUAUCACAUUGCGGGGGAAGUGGCUGCCUUUUUCGCGCUUCUAA